CGAGCCGGGUCGGGUGGUGUGGGUCUGUCCUGUGCUGGGCACGGCCGGGCCGUGCGAGGUUGGGCUGGCCUGGCCUCGGGCGGCGCCGCCAUGAGCUCCGGCGGCACGCUGAGCAUUCUGCGCAGCGACUCCUACGCCGAACUCAGCCAGUACCGGGACCAGCAUUUCCGGGGGACGCGGUACGACCAGGAGCGGCUGCUGAGGAAGAGCUGCACACUGUACGUGGGGAACCUCUCCUUCUACACCACGGAGGAGCAGAUCCACGAGCUCUUCGGUAAAAGCGGCGACAUUAAGAAGGUCAUCAUGGGGCUGGACAAAGUGAAGAAAACCGCCUGCGGCUUCUGCUUCGUGGAGUAUUAUGCCAGAGGAGAUGCUGAAAAUGCGAUGCGCUACAUCAACGGGACCAGACUGGAUGACAGGAUCAUAAGGACAGACUGGGAUGCAGGGUUUAAGGAGGGCAGGCAGUAUGGCCGUGGACGAUCAGGAGGGCAGGUCCGAGAUGAGUAUCGGCAAGACUAUGAUGCUGGAAGAGGUGGCUAUGGCAAAACUGUUCAGUGCCAGUGACUCCUCAGCCUCACAAGGGAACCAAAUCUGCAUAGUAAAUGUCCCCAGGCACAAAGCAGGUCUGUUACACACAGUUCACAGAAACUCCUAUCCAUGUUCCUGUGAGCACAUCCUAUGUUCAAUACCUCUUCGUUUUAAUACCAGGAUCCAAAGCAUUGCAGAGGACCUGGGAGCAAGGCUUUAAGCAUUAGAAUGCUGAGGCUUUGGUCUCAAAAUGCUGCUAUAACUUACUGAAAGGAGCAAAGAUGUAAUGUUAUGGUGCUAUUUUUGUUCUCUGGCAAAACUUGAUUAUUCUACUGGGUUUUGUUUACAUUGGGAUCACAGGGUGGAGAUCAGUGAUAAGGGAUGAUUGGUGGAUGUUUCACAGAGGAAAGCAAAAGGCAAAGAGCCUGAAAAGGAAGUGGAAUUUAUAAGGAAAUUUUCAAUUUCUCAAGAGAAUACUUUAAGUUGCAGAUUUUCUGGCAUUACUGGAUUAGCAUCCUUUUCCAUUGAUGCUGUUCCUAGAACAUUUACAUGAACAGCCAUAAUAAAACAAAUCAGAUUGAGUUCAGGAAUCAUGAAGUGAGAAGCAGAGAGAGGAAACAGACCUCUGCUGUCUUCUACAAAUUACAGUUGGGAUUGCAUGACAGAGAAGAGCAAAUACAAGAAUUGCAGUACUAUUGUUUCCCAGUUUGAGUAUUAGAUCUCUACAGCUUUAAUAUUUGAGGGCAGUAUCUUCCCUGUGCCUGUAAGGAUUGCAUGAAGCCAAGUUACCCCAAAAUGGGAUGUUUGAGGAACUGGGUUUAUAAUGAGAAAGUUUCUUCCCAAAACAGGUUUUCUAUUUGAGAAACUUGAUUUCAGAUAAAAUAAAAAUAGAAAUAAAAGAGUUUUGGGAGGAGUUUUGCUUUCUACUGAGCAUGUGAUAAGAAUGGUAAAAGGAUUUCAGGAUUGUGUAGCUCGUGUUUUGGUUUUUCCCUUUCCAUGCUGGAUUCUGUUCCUACUGCUUGUGGAUAUGUUGGAAUGUUGAUGUACUGCAAAUGUAGGUUUAAAAAAUGUGAUCCCAAGAUCAAGGAAAUUGACCUGCUGAAAUGAAAUACUUUAAAAAGAACUGUUACAGGGCUUUGAAAUUUCUUAAUAGACUUCUGAGUUCCACAUAAAUGGCAAAUACCUUGUUGUCCAUGACUCCUUAUAAACUUUCAAAGGUGUACAAAAGUUGAACUUCACUCACUGAAGGUAUUGUAGGAAGUUUUGAUGUGUUUCUUGCACAGAGUUAAUCACAACUGUUACUGUAAAUUGGAAGACAGGUGAGAUUGAACAACUCCUUACUUAGGAAGUGUGAAUUUGAGGUUUUUGGCAUGUCAAGUAAAACUAGGCUUUCAGGAUCACUUGGUGCUGGUCUGCAAAUAAGCUUUGAACAAAAUUACCUUUUCCAAUAUAGUACAUUUGACUAUGAGUUUACAGCCUGUAAUUGCUCUAGAACACUGCUGAAGUUUAUUUUUCGUUGUAUCAAUUUUGUAUAAAAAAUAUGUUACCAAAAAUUCUAAAGUCACUUUCUUUUAAAUAAAGCUGCAACAUUAAAAUGGUUUGUUACAUUUUUUUUUAACAGAAUCAGUGAACUAAAGAAGCUGUAUUCAGAUUCUUGGUCCUUUGUUUUAGUCUCUUUUAAGAUAGAAAGAAUAAAUAUUCUUUCUCUUUG